AUGGCCACCACUCUCCCUUCCUUUGUUGAACUUAUGGCUUCUCUGGGUCUUGACCAACCGACUUCAGCCAGAGACACUAGAUUGUCCCCCUCUACAUCCCCCCGAGCUUCGCCGCCACUUUCUAUUAGCCGUGAUGCAUCUCCCCCUAUACCCAGAUCUAGCUCAUCUGCGAGCCUCAAAGACAUAGCUUCUUCGCGCAGCCGGUCCGCUAGAUAUACUCCAUAUUCCCCGAAGCUGCUGUCCGCUCGCCGUGGGAGUGUCAGCUCCGUCUCUUCUUCCUCCUCUGCUUCCGAUACGUCAUCUACAUCCACUUCUUCGUCGCCCCGCAUGAACACCUCCCAAUUCAGGAAACGCAGCCACCAAUUAACCAUCAACGUCUGCGAGUCGACGAACGACCUCUCCGCCAACACCCCCAUUUCUAGCUAUGUACGUCGCAAGACUCCGGGCACUUCCCCGACUUCAACUUCCUUCCCCCGAGAAGACCUGCCCCCUUGCUUGACACCACUCUCGUUGCCAACCCUUCCGCCGCUCCCUCCUCUUUCGGGAAGCUCAGACGAGUUUCCCAUUACCCCCGAGUCGAACUCGUUCGCGGAGCUGGACCCUCCAGCCUUCAUAUCGGGUAAAAGCAAAGGCUCGUAUGGACGCAUGGGCCGCCCCACGGGUACAAGGCUUUCCACUUCACCACUGCCAGUCAGGCUCAGUCACCGCAUUCGCCGGCGACAAAUUGAUCACGUUGAGUGA